UAUCCAUGCAAGUGUUGAUCAAACAAGAGAGAGAGUCCCAGUAGAACAAUCAACCGAAAAUGGAGAACCACAAGGCUGCUGCUGCUGCUGUUGCGUAUCGUUUACUCAAUCAAACGAAGCACAAAUCUAACAAAAUUCUUCAUCAACGCCGAUUGAUCCCCAAUUCCACUCAACUUAACCCAUCAUCUUCAACUUCAGGUUUUACACAAGCCUCUGUACCUCUAAACCAGUUUGUUGCAAGUUAUAGAUGGGAUCUUCGGAAAUCUUCGUUAAUUCACACCCAUCACAGGAAAUUUGGAUCAGUGGCCUCCACCAUAGUUGAGAGAAACCCCAACUUUUCAACCAUCAACCAUGACGAUUUGAUCUACUUCGACAAGAUAUUAGGAGCCAAAAAAGUUAUUCAAGACCCUGAAGAAUUACAAACCGCAAACACAGAUUGGAUGCAUAAAUACAAAGGGUCAAGUAAGCUUAUGCUCCAGCCCGAAAACACCACAGAGUUGUCUCAAAUUCUCGACUAUUGCAAUUCCAGACGUUUGGCGGUUGUUCCUCAAGGUGGAAACACGGGUCUUGUUGGAGGAAGUGUACCCGUGUUUGAUGAGAUCAUUAUCAAUACUCGGCGCAUGAACAGCGUUAUUUCCUUUGACCAGGUUAGCGGUGUACUGGUAUGUGAAGCAGGAUGUAUACUGGAAAAUCUCAUUUCUUUUCUUGACAAAAAAGGCUUUAUUAUGCCAUUAGACUUAGGUGCAAAAGGAAGCUGCCAAAUCGGUGGAAACAUUUCGACUAAUGCUGGAGGGUUGCGUCUAGUACGUUAUGGAUCUCUUCACGGAACCGUUCUUGGGCUUGAGGUUGUUUUGGCGAACGGUAGUGUGAUCGAUAUGCUAGGGACUUUGAGAAAAGAUAACACUGGCUAUGAUUUAAAGCAUUUGUUUAUAGGAAGUGAAGGGUCUUUGGGUAUCAUAACAAAAGUUUCGAUACUCACGCCUCCAAAGUUAUCUUCGGUUAAUAUAGCUUUCCUUGCUUGCGAAGAUUAUAUCAGUUGCCAGAAACUUCUAUUUCAAGCUAAAAGAAGGCUCGGUGAAAUAUUAUCGGCAUUUGAGUUUCUUGAUUCCCAAGCAAUGAAUCUGGUUCUUCACCAUCUAGACGGUGUCCGGAAUCCAUUGCCGUCGUCAAUUUAUAACUUCUAUGUUCUCAUUGAGACAACAGGCAGCAAUGAAUCUAACGACAAGGCAACGCUCGAGGCGUUUCUUCUUCACGCUAUGGAAAACGGUCUGGUAUCUGACGGUGCCCUUGCACAGGAUUUUAGUCAAGCAUCAUCGUUUUGGCAUAUUCGUGAGGGUAUUCCCGAAGCAUUACAGAAAGCUGGAGCUGUAUACAAGUAUGAUCUAUCAUUACCUGUCGAAAAGAUGUAUGAUCUUGUUGAAGAAAUGCGCACACGUCUCGGUGCGGCUGCAAAUGUAGUGGGAUAUGGUCACCUUGGAGACGGUAACCUCCAUUUAAAUGUGUCGGCUCGACAAUAUGAUGAUGCUAUUUUAGCACAAAUCGAACCGUUUGUCUAUGAAUGGACAUCCCAACACCGUGGGAGUAUUAGCGCUGAACACGGGCUAGGUCUUAUGAAAGCUGAAAAGAUCUACUACAGCAAGUCUUCUGAAACUGUACAACUUAUGGCUUCAGUCAAGAAAUUGUUGGACCCUAAUGGAAUACUGAAUCCGUACAAAGUCAUCCCAUCAUCACUCGUAUCCUAACUAAGGUACUCGACAAAUAGGCGAGUAGUUUGAUUGAAGUGUAUGACUAGGUCUCCUUAUUGAUCUUUAGUGAUGUGCAUGAUGUACAUAUGAAAGCAUAACCAGCCAUCUGCAAGCUUCCAUGGAUCACAUUCUAAUUCAUGGGAAGUAUAACACUGUUUUAUAAUGAUUACAAUCAAAGUUGUUCAUUUUCAAUCCUAGAAAGGUUACCAAGUGGGUUCUUUUAAACCCAAAUUCGAUGUCCACUUAUCCAAAAUAUCAAUCUCUCUCUCUCUCUCUCUGUGUGUGUGUGUGUGUGUAUAUAUAUAGAGAGAGAGAGACAUGGAUGUUCAAUAUAUAGCCAAUUUAAAAAUGUUAGAACCACAUAAAGAGUGGUACAUAUUGCUUUAACAGUGAUAUAUGAGGCUGUUAUGCGCUCUUCUACUUUA